UCAUUACCGUAAUAACAGUUGUUCAGGAAUCACUGAUAUUCAAUACGAGUAAUUUUGUGUAACAUCUCUACUCGAAGCAUAUUAAGAAAUGUCAUCGUCAAAAUACUUGCCAUUGCGAAUUGUCCUAUGCCUACAAAUUAUCUUAUUUGCUGUUGUUACCAAUGGACACGCUAACAUACGUCAACGCUUUUGUGGACCGAAAUUAACAAAAACGAUGCAAACGUACUGUCGAAACAAUUACGCUUCUCGGCCAUACAACAGUAAUGUCAAAAGAUCUGACGACGCCGAAGACAAUGAAUACGUCAACAAUGAGCCGUUGUCUCAUCCCCAAUUUGCAUACCGAACGCAUCCACUUGGUAAUUUGGUUCGGCAAUUUGAUUUGACAACAGCACUAGGUACGGCUGUGAAGCGUGGGGUUGUUGAUGAGUGCUGUGUGAGGCCCUGUACACUCGAGGAGUUAAUGUAUUACUGCGCAGAAUGAAUGAUAGAUGAUCUUGACUGACUAGCCUAGCGUCAUACCCUACUUUGGCAACUAUAAAUUAUAACAAUUGCUGAAU